AUGGCAGCGCAUGCGAUGCAUGAAAAUCAACAGAGAAUUGCAUUUAGACAGUUUCUGCAAGAAGAACAAGAAAAAAGUUCCGCUUGGAGGGAAUUAAAAACUACUAGCUGUUUCCUGUGGAAGAAUCCACUAUAUGAUAAACUUGCGAGGUUAGAAAUAGAGAUUACUAUUGAAAUUUUGCGCCGACUGCGAACUUCGGCCCUGUUUCAUUUAGCGCAAAUUUAUUUCAUGAGUCAGAAAUUUGAGAAAGAAAAACUUGAAACAAUCAUUGAAAAUGGCGAUGUCAAGACAUUUCAAACGAUUCUUAUCGAUCAUCCAAAUAUCUUUAAAAUGAGAGGUAAUGAUGGAAAAACACUGUUGAUUAUAGCUGUAUGGUACAAUAAACCAUCAAUAGUGAAAUGUUUGAUUGAUGCUGGUAGUAAUGUGUAUGCUGUGGAUGAAUAUAAAUGGAAUGCAUAUCACUACAGUGCAUGUUAUGGUCAUCAUGAUGUUUUGAAAGUUUUAAUUAAUCAUGACGUAACAAACAUUAACAAUGUAAACAGUAACAAUAACACACCAUUACAUUUUGCAUCUUCUUUCGGUCGUAUUGUUUGUGUGAAGUUGUUGUUGUCUAUACCACACAUCGAUGUCAAUAUACGAGACAGAUGCAAUAACACACCAUUACAUCUUGCAUCUCGUGAUGGUCAUACUGAUUGUGUAAAGUUGUUGUUGUCGAUACCACAUAUCGAUAUCAAUAUACGAAACAAAUGGUACCAAACUGCUUAUGAUGUUGCUCGUAAUAACUCUAUCAAACGUUUAUUACAAGAACAUUAG